AAGCUUUCCAUAUUGCUGCGCAAUAUAGCGCGCGUUAUGUUAGAGUGGGCUUGGACGCAUGCCUCCUGCGAGAUGAUGCAGCCGCGGGUGCGCUCUAUAUUCGUCCGAGACGGGCAACGCGCUGGAGACAACAGCGAGACGCGAGGCUGGCGCUUUCAACAGUUUCAGCAGAAUUGUCAUGUUCGUGAACGCAUGGUUCGACUGCUGCCGUGUCGCGCAUCCCAGCCGCCGUUCAUCCCCGUAACUAGACUGGUACUGGUGUCCGCGUCCGUUUGCGGGGAGUCAAGCCACCGGAUCCCGAGCGCGCCAUCGCGAUCAUUGGCUGCUGCCUUCAAGAGAGGAGUUGGCUUCUUGGUCGUCGUUGUGCAACGACAACGUCCCUUCACAUAGCGUGCUGUGUAUGCGCACCUGGCCGCGAGGGGCUCCCACCACGAUAACUCAAGGGCGUCGAGAUAAGCAGCAUAUUGCGCGUACCGUCCCCGCAAUGCAAUCGCCAGUCCAGCGCCGCUCGACAUGCCUCUCAAAUCUGGAAAAAGCAACGUGGGGGUCACGGCAGCUGGCCCGUGCCUCUCUGCGUCUGCAGCAGCGAAUCGCAAUCCGACUUCAUCUGCGCGUCACCCCCGUGGCGUUUCUUGUCCCCAGGACGUGCAGGACCCUGCAAAGGCUCUUGCGCCAAGAGGGAUGCGGAGUCGUGAACGAGCAUGAAUCGUCAUUUCGCUUGUUGGUGCGAAAGAGGGGAACAGUGGAAAGGGAGCGCUUCGGCGAUGCUGCGCAAGCCAUGGUCAGCUCGCAUGUCCACCGAACAGGCGUUCUGCGUGCAGUCAAUAUUGCUUCGCCCAGGCCAAACCCCAAGACGAGACAAGCAGGACGGCGACCGAGGUUCCAGGUCCUCACGCGGCGUCCUGAAGAGGCAGCACGGCUGGAGGCGCUGGGGGGAUGCAGCGAGCCACCGAACGCCGCCAUGCGCAUCAAUUCCUGUGGCUUUAGAGUUGAAGGUCGCGUCCCCGCUGGACUCGAUCUGAAAUGUGUUGGAAGAUUACAAUCGGCCGUCGACAGAGACGGCAGUUGCAUUACGGAGCAGAUGGCCCCUGGAGUGGUGUGUAGGAGGGUGGUCGCAAUCUCGAGCAUUGCGAAUGAUAGCGCCGGAGUAGAGGCGGUUUCGCGGGCGUGUCGAGGCUCUGUUGGAACCAGAUAACGUCCUCUAUUUGCGAACGAGCAGUUCGUCGCCAUGCUGCCUUGGGCUACGACAGGUCGUUCAAGGCUAGAGCGCACGGUUACGAGGCAUUUGCUCGAUUCGACGACGCGCACGAGGCGGGACCCCGCGGCUUCCAAGGUUUGCACUGUAGCAAACGGGAUUCCACCUGAUGGGAGGCUGCUCUUUCAGGCGUAGAGUCGGAUGGGCGAGGUAAUAGGUGACCGGUUUGGCUCAGGUGCAGGGCUGGGACGGUAAGACGGAGUGCCCCUGCGUUCGCAGCAAGGUCAUGCCGUCUUCUUUGUCACCGUCAGGCCAAGCUGAGCGACGAUUGGCCUCAGGACUGGGGUAGAUGGGCUACGGUGCUGCUACGGUGCUGCUACAGUACACAGCUG